UUUAUUUUUCCCAAAAAUUUUACAGUUAGACAGAGAAAGGCAAAACGUUGAAUGCUUUAGAGCUGAGACAAUAUAUAAAAACAAUCAAAAUACGGAACUAUCGAAUUUUUCUCUACUCUUUUCCGAUGCUCUUAGAUUUAUCGCACCCUUUGAUUAGCUUAAAUCUGCUAAGAUAUGGCAUCAAUGGUUGCUACGGCAUUUACAAGCACAUCUGAUCAGUAUUCACCUGCGAUGACAGUAGAGAAGGGAAGUAGGAAUAAGAGGAAAUUCAUGGCUGAUCCACCACUAACUGACCCAAAUAAAUUGAUUCCUUCUCCACAGAUGGAAAGCGUGAAUUUUGAAUUCUCUGCUGACAAAUUUGGUAUCAUCCCUAGUCAUGGAUUGAUGAAUGGUUGUGAUGUUUGUAGCAUGACGCAAGAGACUUCGGGAGGCUUGAAACUUGACCUUGGAUUGUCGUGUACAAAAGGAGUAGGUCCAAGCCAGCCUAGAGACGAAAUUAAAACUACUGAAGAUUUUCAUGAUGCUGAUUGGAGUGAUCUGAUAGAAUCCCAGCUAGAAGAGCUUGUCUUGAGCAACUUAGAUACAAUUUUCAAGAGUGCAAUUAAGAAAGUUGUGGCCUGUGGUUACAGCGAAGAGAUUGCAAUGAGAGCUGUUUUAAGAUCUGGUAUUUUCUAUGGUUUCAAGGACAUUAUUUCAAAUAUAGUGGACAAUACAUUGGCUUUUCUUUGCAGAAGGACCGAGACUGAUUCAUCCAUUGAGCACUAUUUUGAGGACUUGCAGCAGAUGGAGAAGUAUGUGUUAGCUGAAUUGGUCUGUGUUCUGUGUGAAGUUAGGCCUUUUUUCAGCGUUGGUGAUGCAAUGUGGUGCUUAUUAAUAUGUGACAUGAAUGUGUCUCAUGCUUGUGCAAUGGAAAGCACUCCUUUGGGUAGUUUGGUUGACGGGAAUGAAAAUUCAUCUGCCUCUCUGCAGCCUCAUAUCCCAUCAGAGGCCGGAAUUUCUGAAUCCAACAAUGCCACUUUCUGUAAAUCAACCCCUAUUGUUACUUCUAUACAUUAUCCAUCUGAGAUACCCAAUGGGUCUUCAGAUACUUGUGGGCAUAGAUUUCAGCCGGAGGCAUCCACGAUGACAGGAUUUCAACACGUCACACCCAAAUCUCUCACAGGACUUAUACCUGAGAAAGAGUGUCCAAGUCCUCUGUUUCAAACCUUUGAUAAAACCUUAACUGCGACUGGACCAUCCCGACCUCCAACUGCAGUGGAGAAGUUUGUUGCCAGUAGAAAGGUGUCUGGAAUCACCAAAAGAGAAUACAUACUUAGGCAAAAGUCCCUUCAGCUGGAGAAAUAUAACCGCAACUCUGGUGCCAAAGGGGCUUCUAGGAAACUCAGAAGUUUUGGUGGUUUAGUUUUAGAUAAGAAGCUUAAGUCCCUGGCUGAUUCUGCUAGCAUGAAAAUGAAGAAUGCUUCAAUAAAGGUCAAUAAGAUAGGAGCUUCUAUACCCCAAGACAAUGUACAGAAUAAUUUUCCAAUCAAUAAUGGAGUAGCUUCAACAUCCGUAUUUGGGUCAGAAAAUGGCAAUAGCUCAAUAGAACUACCUAGCUCAGAUAUUACUUCUUCAUUAUUGCCAGUCAAUACCUCACCUGCAUUUGCUGCUAAUAAUACUGAGCUUUCUCUCUCGUUGCCUACCAAAUACUGCUCCACUCCAAUACCUAUUAGUUACAAUACUGCUUCUGCGUCUAAUAUUAUAUCAAACGAGAAGUGUACUGCCCAAUGGGUUCCUCAAGUUAAGAAAGAUGAAAUGAUUCUGAAGUUAGUUCCAAGAGUGACGGAAUUGCAAAGUCAGCUCCAAGAAUGGACAGAAUGGGCUAAUCAGAAGGUUAUGCAAGCUGCUCGUAGAUUGAGUAAAGACAAAGCUGAGCUCAAAACACUUCUGCUGGAAAAAGAAGAGGUUGAGAGGCUUAAGAAAGAAAAGAAGACUUCUGAGCAAACCAAUAUGAAAAUACAAGCUGAGAGGGAAAAUGCCUUACGUAAGGCUAGUGGACAAAUUGAGCGUGCUAAUGCUGCUGUUCGUAGGCUUGAAAUUGAGAAUGCUGCACUAAGGAGGGAAUUGGAAGCUGCAAAAUUGCGUGCAGCAGAGUCAUCUGAAAGCUGUCAAGAGGUAUUGAAGAGGGAAAAGAAGAUACUCAUGAAGUUCCAGUCAUUAGAGAAGCAGAAAGCUAUGUUUCAGGAUGAACUUGUAGCCAAAAAACGCAAGUUAAUGGAACUGUACCAGCAAAUGGAGCAAGCUAAAGUUGUUCACAACCAACUUGAGAUACUAAUGGUAAUUUGUCUGUGAGGGAAGUGCAUGCCUUACUGAAUAAACAACAUCAUGCAGGCUAGAUGGGAGCAGGAAAAGAAGGCAAAAGAAGAUUUUCUUACUCUGGCUAGUUCAAUAAGGAAAGAAAGAGAACAGAUUGAAGCUUCAGCUCAAUCCAAAGAGGUUACGACCAAAUUAAAAGCAGGUUUACAAAAGUAUAAAGAUGAUAUUGAGAGGUUAGAAAAGGAGAUAUCCCAGCUUAGAUUGAAGACCGAUUCUUCAAAGAUAGCUGCUCUUAAAAGAGGCAUAGAUGGAAGUUAUGCAAGCAAACUGACAGACUGUAGAAAUGCUUCAUUACCGAAGGACACUCGAAUGCCUUAUAUCUCCACAUUGGUGGCAGAUUUUGAGGACCAUUCUGAGAGUGGAGGGUUGAAACGAGAACAUGAGUGUGUCAUGUGCUUGUCAGAGGAGAGGUGUGUUGUUUUUCUCCCCUGCGCCCAUCAGGUGUUAUGCAUGACAUGCAAUCAGCUUCAUCAGAAGCAGGGAAUGAAAGACUGUCCUUCAUGUAGGAGCCCAAUCCAGCAGCGUAUUUCUGUCCGUUAUUCCAGUUGAUAGUUUCACCUCAAGAUAUGAGGCAAGCUAUAACGAUACAUGGAAACCCAUAGCAAAUGAUGCAUUUGGGUAGCUCCUUUCAAAAGUCAGACAGUUAUGCUCGGGACUAUAUAUGACUUUCGAUAAGAUGAAAAAGAAUACAAAGAAAAAUAAAAUAGAAAGAAUCUGCUAAAAGUGGAGCUUGUAGAUUACCAGCUCCUUUAAUUAAUCAAAAGUUGAGUUUCCCGAUUGUGUUGUGUAUAUGAGAAUCCCAUUGUGGACUUGUGCCAUAAGUUAACUAGGCUUGUGUCAUGCUGGUAACUGUUUCAUCAUCUGUAGACUUCAUUAUUUAGAAUGGCAAGGCUGUUCUUAGCUUGCACCUUGUGAAUGUCAAUAUAUACAUGAUAGGGAGCUAGCUAUCUUCAUUCUAGCAUUUCAUUUGCCUGAGCAGAUGUAUUGAUAAACUAUGAACAAGAUGAAAGCUCUCAGUACUCCCGUAGUUGUACUCA